AUGCUGCGAUGGAAGCAGCACGAGGACGCUCGCCGCUCCAUUGCAGACAACCUUCUUCGUCUUCUACCGCAACGAAAAGAUCGCCGCUUGCUCAUUGGAACAAUGCGGUCGAUGGGGUACACACGCGACGAUCUGCACGACAUCUGUCACACCUUGGAAGGCGAAACGGGCGAUGUGUCCUGCGAGCGGUUCUUGGAAAUGAAAGGCUACCGGCCGCCGUGGCUAAUUAACAUUAUCCUGUCGGAUAUGGUGACGAUUUCAGACCCAGAACUUCUUGAUCGAAUGAUCGAUCAUUGUACGAGCUUGAUUGAAGUGCCGGGUGCUCAGCGAGUUGCGCCUGACCGAUUCCUUCGCAUCGCAACAGGACUGGCUGGCCACGCCGUGCGGUUGGAUGGGAUACUGCUGCCCAAGAUCGCGGACAUGAUCAUUGCAUACUUGAGAAGGAUAGACGAAUGGGAAAGGCGAUCGAACCGAGCAUUUGCGCAGCAGUGCAAGUUCUAUAACAGUGCGCUUGAGGUGUUCAGCACGACCCUGAAUCGCUGGCUGCCACCGACUUACCAUAUCGACCCGAGUUUCUACUGGAAAGCACAGAGCAAGCUUCUGGAGGCCUCGGCUGCUUUCGAGAAACCCCUCAGAUUCGACUACAAGGGCUUCUGCGCCGUUCGGAAGGUCCUUGCCGCCAUGCCCAAGAAUGCCGGGGACAUCCACAACGUAUUGCGGCACGCGCAUACGUGGCCACCGCGUCUUUUGCCUGGUGAUGGAAUUGAUGAGGCUACUAGACCGGAGGAUAACUGGUCCCGACCUGUGACGGUCAGCACGUUACAGCAGGAAGCUGGCUUUGCCAUGAAUGAUGAGGAUCUGGCGUGGGACACAAUUGGUGGCAGGGCGCCGGACGGCUCGCCGACCAUCAAGCAGGAAAUCGUCAAGGGCGGGCCGGCAGAUACAUGGACGGCGUCGAUUCGUGCUACCCGCAAUGCAACGGAAGCGUGGGCUUGCUUCAAUCACCCGCCCGUGCCCGGCCAGCAGCCCACUCCAUCAGUGUAUGCAGCCAUGUUCGCCAAGCUGUUCAGUCAAGAUGUACGAGCCACAUCGGGGUUACUUCCCGGAGAGCGAGCCUACAACUUCCCACCGCAUUCGGAUACCAACCUGUCCGAAUACGAACGUCAGCUACGGCAGCCUCCGGAUGCGUAUACGUUGUAUGCUGACAUGAGGGAAGCUGAUAUCCGGCCGCGCCUGGGGUGUCUUGAAAUCCUUGUCCGAAACGCCAGGACUGAACAUCGCGCUCGACAAUAUCUGAUGGACAGUGGAGACAGCCACAACCUCGCCUUGUCAGAGUAUGGGAUUUCCAAGAGCACCUUUACCAAGACUGAAAGGAGAGCCUGGGGCCGCAAGCUCAGAAAGAUCCCGCUGUCUCUCGUGGCAGCCUACGUCAAGUGCUUGACCAGCCUCGACAAGACACCAGCCCGCCAGCUCAAGCGGGCCAUCAUCAUCACCUCGGCGCGCAUGAGGAACGUCAGCGGACAUGAUAGACUCUGGGGUUGGUACAUGUGGGGCGCCAUUCUGAGGGCCAGCAGCAACAGACUGCCUCGGUCCCCGUUGGGCGAGUGGGAGGGGACAACACUCGCCGCCCAGCUCAAGGGCUACCGGACCAUUGUGUCCAAUAUUGAGAAGAUGUCACACCUGCGCCUACCCACGCUGCGCCAGUAUUGCAAGUGUCUCCGCAAGUCUAUGAACAGGGCCUUUGCGGUGCACAUGGACGAGAUGCACGUGGACGUUGGCGGGGGCGAGCUCCAGACAUUGCGACUGGUGUACGACGAUGACCUUAGGGAGAGCGCGGCUCAUACAAACCCCCCCGAGGCCAAGAAAGACCAGUCGGACGCUUGGGUUCCUGAACUCAGAACGUGUGCCGAGAUGCUCAAAAGCAUGGUGCGAACUCUACGAUCAAGAGAAGAGAAGAACCAAAAGCUGCAGGAGAAGCCCGACUUCUACACGCUCGAACACAUGGUAGCCCGCGUGGAUCCUGUGGGGGCUGGGUCUGCGUACACUAUCAUGUCCGCCCUGGCAUUCACGGGCGAAUUCGUCGAAAUGUCCAAAUACCUGGCAUGGCUCAUGACGCAGUGGAAACAGGCUGGCUUGCGAGAGGACCUUUUAAAGUACGAUGAAGUCCCUGCGGUGGCAGAUUUCCAUCGGGUGCUCUGUGUCUUCCGGUGCUACGCUGAACCGAUGCUGCCGCCGGACGUCGUGGAGCAAAUCCGCACGCAGGUGCAGCAGGACGAUCUGAUCUGGCGCUGGCCUGACGAGGAAGAGGUCGAGCUGUUCCCCGAGCGCCAGGGCGACUUGGGCUAUGUCGGCCUGGCUCAUACGCUGAAGUGGGUGCGAUACUGGAGGCUGCGACAGGAGCGUGGCGAGAAGACGUUCUUCAUACAGGUGCCACCCAACUACCGGCGUGUCAUCAGGGACAUUGAGGAGCGACGCAAGGUCUACGCCGAACUGGCGCGACGCGCUGAAGAGCCAGGGAAGUUCUGGUCUGAGAUAUAG